AUGCUUGUUGAAUCUGCCCCACGGCGUUGGGAUAAUCUGCCCCUCCAACUCCCCAUGGAUGUCAUUUCUGUGGGCAGUUUGGUCGCCUUUGAAGUUUUGAAAGAUAAUUCGUGGUGCUACGAAACAGGAAAUGUGACAUUUCUUUCAGAAUACAUUGCCCGUGUAUCUGUUUCAUAUGCAAACCCUGGGGUGGGUGAAAAAGAGCAGCUUGAAAUGGACCGAAGAUAUCUAGGUGAGCUAUGUGGAAUGCUUCAGCGAUUACGCGUGCAAAGUGCGAAGGAUCAUGAGUUUGUUCUCCAGAACCAAAUUGAACACGCUCGUCUUCAGGUUAGGGGUAUUGAGGCUGCAUGUCUUCGGGAGGUUCAGUCUUACCAGAAGCCCCCGCCCACUGUAAAAUGCAUAAUGGACGAUGUCAUGGAAAUCCUUGGGAUUCGCCCGGAAUCAUAUUCAUGGUCCUAUGUAAAGGCGGUCACUAAACGGACAGGAUUUGUUUCACUUGUUGCAGAGUUUGACUCCUCGAAGGUUUCGGCGGAGCGCCGGUUGGAGAUUCUUCAACGAUGUAGGAGCCGAGAAGUCAGCAAUAAAGCGGCUUAUAAGGCUUCACAGGCCGCAGGCCCACUUCACCUCUGGGUCCUGACGCAGCUAAACUAUUUUGAGACAUGUGACUCACCUACCUUUGUGUCAGACUCGCGCAGUCGCGAGCAGCAGGAGUGUCUCUUAUCUCAGAUUAAAGCGCUGCAGAGGCGCAUACGUUGCUCUGAGAACGGCUCAAAGCAACCAUCUUCGGCUCCACUGACGGAGGAAAAAACGAUUCUCCGUUCUUGUAUAAUUUCACCCAUUCCCACUACUUGCGCCAUUUCAAGGAUAGCUGCGAUGCACCGCCCAGAACUACUGGAAUAUGUUGCAUUACAUCAUACAGGCGCCACGAAGGCUCUCUCUUCGAGCGAACCAUGUCACACACCUAAUGCGCACGGCGAGCUUCAGACGUUGCGUGAGAAACAUGAGAAGGAACACAAACAGUUCAAACCUGAUGGAGAAAAAGCGGUGAAACUUCUGACCUCUGAAAUUGGCAGCUUGAGCCCAUUAACCAAUCCAACUAAUGACAACUCGCGGCUUCUCCAGCAGCCUUGUGAUUGGGAUAUGGAUAAUGAGUCAUCUGAAACAAAAAUCCGAAGAGUCCAGGGAGGGGAGCAACAAACUGGGAGAGAAGAAAUCAUGGGUGCACUUACUGAGAUGCUGCACUCAAUCAGGGUUCUUGAAAGGGUAAUUGCGGAACCUGAAAUCGACAAGAAAGCUCUGAAGGAACACCUCAACAAGGUGAAGGAACUAAACGGUGCGCUGAAAUUAAAAGUUGAAGGAUGUAAGGAAGGAAAAGCGAGCUCAUAUAUACAGCAAGAAUUGGAGACCUUGCUUCACAACGAGGAGCUUAGGAACGAAAUUCCUGCUUUGAAGGAUCUUAAUAACACACACAAAGCAGAGCUGGUUGAGGCACGGCUUGAGGCCGCUCAUCCUGAAUCAGUGGUAACCACGCUGUCAGCUGAGUCAUUGAUGUAUACUACCCCUACUAUAUCAACGCAUCAUACGAUAUCCAUUGACGGUGAUGCUUGGGAGGCUGUUUUGGGUAACUGCCCCCAGAAACUUUUGCGAGAACUCACUUGUGAGGCGACUGCCUGCUGUGGGGCUCAUGCAGAAUGCGUCUCUGCAAUUACACGCUCGCACGGAAAGCUUCAAGCCCAAUUCCGCGUGACUCACAGCGCGGAUCGUUCUUCGGAGGAUAUUGAUCACCUCCUCUCAUUGUGCACAUUUCACUCGACAAGAUCCCUCUGGAAAAGACAGGAAAGCACGAGUACCUCCAGUGACACGGGGUGCCAAAAAAGCGUUUUAUCUACAAUACCACUUGCUCAGGACAAUCCUGUUACUUUCGUGCAACGCGGGGAAAUGGAUGAGUUACUUAGGCAUAAUGAACAUCUACAGGCCCUGUUAAAGGAUUCUCGCCGGGCGGAGGAAAACUUGCAGGCUGAGCUCGCAAUGCUUAGAGUUAGAAAUAGUGAGUACCAGCGCGACGUUGCGGAGAAGCAGCGCGAGAUUGCCGUGCUUCAAGCGACUCUGGACGAGGCCACUAGUAAGGAAGCUGAUGCACAAAGCCAACUGGCACAACAACGACGUACGGUUGAGCAUCUUCAGAAUGAAUUAAGUGCUCUGCGCAAUCUUGACAACAACAAAAACGUCGAACGUUACGAAUAUGUGAGUACGUAUAAUGCCAAUGAAGCUGACGUACAAAAAGUCGAACAUAGUGAGAACAGUCUUUUAACGCACAUCGAAGCGUUGUAUUCGAGCCAAAAAGAACCAUAUUUUCCACAACACUUCCAAGAACCCAAGACGGAAAGACAAGAAGUAAAACCACAUAAUAUUGAACGAUUGAGUCACCCACACAUUUACAUCCAACGAACCACAGAAAAAAACAUAUUAACAAGCCCAAAAGAGAAACAUCAGCUCGAAAUACCUAUAUCAGGAAAUACUACUCCUGCUCCAGCAACUUUAUACGACGGCGCAAACGAGUUAGAAAAAACUCUAACAACAGCAAAAGAAGAACACAGCGUAAGAACAAAACAUACAAUUGCAACAUACCAACCUCAUGAAAAAAUAAAUCUUGAACAACAAUCGAUGGAUAAAACGCAGCUUCAUAGUCCACACGAAACAACACACAUCAACAAUACAAAUAACCGACAGCAGAAUGCAAUAAUCACAACAAAAAAAGACGCCCCGAACAAAACACAUGGUCAGCACGCUAUCCUGCUUCAAAUGGGCAAGGAUAAGGAAGCAGCUCGAACGCCGGUGCUGGGUGAGACCCCCUGCGAGCACGAGGCGGCAGGUAUGCAGCGGGGGCGGGAUGGGCCGCGGCGGUGGAUGAAGAGGCCCCAGUCAACACCGAGUGGAGGACACCGCUUACAGUGGAGUGUCGAUGCGCUGCAGCGGCGCAAUGAUGAUUUGCGGGCGCAGCUGAGGGAGGCGCGGCGUGGAGCGCAGGAGCGCGAGGCCUUGCGGCUGCACAAUGAGGAGUUGCAGUCGCAGCUGGGUGAGGCGCGGCGUGCUGCGGAGGCGUUGGAGGUUGCCCGCCGCUGCGGAAAGGCAGGCAGAGGGAGGUUGAUGAGUUGCGCCGCUCCGAGAAGCGGCUGA